AUGAGGGGAACAGAUGCAUCAUUCCUGGUCCUCUCGGGCCUCGCCGUGCUAGCGAGCGCCAGAGAAGUUCAAGUCGACGACGUCCCCGUCGAAUGCGCAACAAUAUGCGGGCCCAUCGUUGAGUUAACAUUCAAAUGCGACGUCGACAACAGCUUCGACGAGCUCAAGAGACUAAAGAGGAGGAAAGUCGACACGCCACGAUACAGACCGCCGCCAGAAAGACGACAAGCAAGGAGACCAUCACCAGCAAACGCACACGGAGUCGUGCGCCGCCACCACCAUCGCCGACCGAACCAAAACGAUGCAGUAGAGGUAUCGACUCCCGGCCUAGACCAACCUCAAGCUACAAACGUUGCACAACAACCUCCACAGGAUGUGCAGCAACCCGCCCAGGACGCGCAACAGCCGGCCGUGGACGCUACACCCGUCUUCAUUGCCACGCUGCCUUUUGCUGCCCCCUCACCGGAGAUUCCGCUGAGCAUGAGUACGCCGGAUGCCCAGAACAAGCCUACACCCUCGGCGCCGGCUCCUCCGCCGCAAGUACCGCCGCCUGUGCCUGUCUUGAUCACAUCGACUGUGUUCCUGACAGUGUCGGCGCCGACAAUACCCACUCCGUUGCCGCCACCGGGGCCUCCGCCGGUGCAGGCACCCCCACCCGUCCAGGCCCCACCUCCGGUCCAAGCUCCGCCCCCGGUUCAGGCUCCUCCUCCCGUACAGGCGCCGCCUCCGGUCCAGCCGCCUCCGGUAAUCACAGCCCCGAGACCGCAACAACCACUACCACUCCCUCCGCCCUCAUCAACAUCACGGCCCACGCCUCAGCAACCUCCAGCCCAACAACCACCCCUUCAACAACAACCGCCUCCACAGCAGCAACCUCAGCGUCCACCACCUCCGCAACAGCAACCGCCUCCAUCGUCCUCCCAGCAGACCACGCCCCCGAUGCUCCAGCCGACACCACCACAGCAGCUUCAACCUCCUCAGGCGUCCAUGAGCAACCCGGCCGCCAUACCCAUCAUGGGUCCCGGGCCGGAGAAGCAGCCGGACAGCAAGUCGCCCAACGACCGUGAAGAAGCCGAGAAGCAGUGCACGUGCUCAAAUAAGAGCUUUGAUGUGCAGUUGCUGGCUGGGUUGUGCCAGAGUUGUAUCCGGAAGACUGGAAACCGGGCGAAUAACCUGGACUUUAUCAUGAAGGAGUGUAACUUUGUGGAGUCGACAUACACCCCCGAUAAAGAUCGGCUCGUCGACAAUAUUCGCGUCGUCGCGGAGAAGCCGUUCUUGACGUCUAGUGGAAACGUCAUGGCUGACGCCGGGAGAGUAGGGGCUGGAUGCGCUGCUGCGGCUGCGGUGGCUGUCAGUCUCGUAGCUGGGAUGGCGAUGCUUCUAUAG